CUAUAAAUUUCGCCCAAAACAAAAGAAUAUAAAUAUCAAAUUUGCAGAAACCAAAAUUCCCACCGCCAAAACCCACCAAAAUUCAUCCCUUAAUUCGUCUUUCAACCUCUCUCUCUCUCUCUCUCUCUCUCUCUCUACUAAUUUUAGUUCUCCCUUUCCACCAAAAUCCGGGUUUUUCCUGUGUUCUCAAAGAGGGUUUUCAAUGGAGGUAGAGCAGAAGCAAGCCCAGGUGAUCGAGCACUUCGUGAAGCAAGCCUCUAGUCUCCAGGGGUCCUCUCUCGUCAGCCUCAUAGUCCAACUCACCUCUCAUUCUUCUCUCUUCGUUUUCUCCGAGAUUUUGGCUGUCCCCAAUGUGCUCGAGCUUCAAGGAACGGGAUAUGCUGUAUACAUUGAUCUACUUCGUCUCUUUGCUCAUGGAACAUGGAGUGACUAUAAGAGUAAUGCUAGCCUUCUUCCACCACUAGUCCCAGAUCAAAUCACCAAGCUGAAGCAACUUACUGUGCUUUCUCUAGCUGAGAUGAACCGGGUUUUAUCAUAUGAUCAACUUCUUGAACAGCUUGAUCUUUCAAAUGUGCGUGAACUUGAAGACUUUCUUAUCAAUGAUUGCAUGUAUGCGGGCAUAGUCAAAGGGAAGUUGGAUCAUUUGAGAAGAUCUUUUGAGGUUCAAUUUGCAGCUGGGAGGGAUUUGAGACCUGGACAACUAGGGAAUCUUAUACAGACUUUAGAUGAUUGGUUAGACACUACAAACAAUGCGCUUCUCACAAUUGAAGAGAAGAUCAAAUGGGCAGAUAAAAAGUGUGAGUUGGAUGCAAUACACAAAAAGGCAGUCAACGACAGGGUGGAAGAAGUCAAGAAGUCUGUCAAUAACAAGGGUGGGCGAGACUUCCAAGCCUUUGAUGACAUUCUGUUUGGUGAAACAGCUGGACUAAUGGACUAUGAAGAAGAUCGAACCCGAUCCAAGAGGAGAAGAUCACCGGUACAUUAACAAGUGCGGCCGCGCCUGGGUGGAGGGUGGGGGGUGAUGUCUGGAGCACUGCCAAAAUUUAUCCAUAGUGCUUAAUUGUUUUAUGCUCAAUUUCUUAAGGAUGGUGGUAUAGCAUGAUUAUGCGACAUUUCGAAGCUUCGUGUGUAUUUAGAAAGUCUAUAUACAUGGAAAUAUGGAAUGCUCCUUAUUGGUUCUUCGGUUAAAAACGUUUUAAGGAGUGCUUUUGCAGCGAAGCACUUUUAUCUUGUAA